CAUGUAAUGUUAACUGACUGAUAUUCUAUGUAUAAGAUCUCCUAAACCUGUGUUAACCUCAGACCUUAUUUCCUGCYUUUAUCCCAAAACGCUAUUCUUUCCUCAUUUCAUUUCCCCUAUAGGAAUGGCUGAACGAAUCAGAGGUUAGAGUGUGUUUAUUAUGUAGUGUUGGUGUGUGUAACACAUUGGUGUAACGGAGUUUUGUGUUGGUGUGUGAUUGCUAACAUCGAGCAAGUCCUUUCCCUACCACAGGAUAGACAUGUUUGUGUUUCAGUGGUGGGAACAAUUCUGUAAUUUUGUGAAAAUGGUACUUCAUCUCCCAGAUUAACUCAAUUGAAAUGGAAUUGAGCCCAAAUCACCUAGAUGUGUUGUUUUAUAUCUCCUAGAUGUGAUGUGUUUUAUAUCUCCUAGAUGUGUGGUUCAGGACCAUCUCCAGUUAGAAUCCAUCAGCCUACGUCACCCUUUGCUGUAACCUGGGUGAUAUAGACCAUCCACACUUUCUCUCUCUCUCACACGCACACACAGGCACGCUUGUACCAUCUCAGCUCAUCUCUCUCUCUCACACACACACACCCCAGUCUCUGAGACCCGGGCAUCUCUCUCUGACCAUGGACAUGUCAGCGCUGGGCAGUGGGAGCAGCUGUUCAGAGGAUUGUGUGGUAGGGUCUGGCUGUCUGGAGGACUGUGGGAACCAGAGUGACUGGACUGACUGGGAAUGGGAGYACUUCAGUGGGGCUGAGCUGGUGUGUGUGACAGCCGUGUGUGUGCUGCUGCUGGCCCUGGGCAUCACAGGAAAUAUGUUAACCAUCCUGGUAGUUUGGCUCCGGCCACACCUGAGAAGCACCACCUACCUCUACCUGAGUAGUAUGGCUGUCUCCGACCUCCUCAUACUGCUUCUGAUGCCUUUAGAUCUGCACUACAAGCUGUGGAGGUUCCGGCCCUGGGAUCUGGGUGAUACAGUGUGUAAACUGAGUGUGUUCGUCAGUGAGAGUUGUACCUACUCCUCCAUCCUCCACAUCACCGCUCUUUCUCUGGAGCGCUACCUCGCUGUCUGUCGACCACUCACAGCCAAGACCCUGGUCACACGGACCCGCGUCCGCACUCUCAUUGGCUGCCUGUGGGUUGUGGCCCUGAUCAGCGCCGGGCCGGUGUUUGCUAUGGUAGGGGUAGAGGAGCUGGGGGGAGGUGAGGGGGAGAGCGAGUGUCGCUGUACGGACUACGCCGUCUCCUCAGGCCUGCUGGGGGCCAUGAUGUGGCUCUCCAACCUCUACUUCCUGAUGCCGCUGGGCAUUCUGGGAGUUGUGUAUGGCCUGAURGGCAGGAAGCUAUGGCUCCGCCCACAACGCAGCAGCCGAGACCGCGCCCAGCGACACACCAUCAAGAUGCUAGGGAUGAUCGUGCUGGCGUUUGUUCUGUGUUGGCUGCCAUUCCACGUUGGUCGGACGUUGUUCUCUGUGACUCUGGGCUCCAGCGCUGAUAUGUACUACAUCUCUCAGUACUUUAACCUCGUCUCCUUUGUGUUGUUCUACCUCAGUGCUGCUGUCAACCCUAUCCUCUACAACACCAUGUCAGCACGCUACCGCCACGCUGUCCGCAGCCUGCUGCGCUCACACCCCCCCCGCUCGCCGCACCGCACAUGCACGGCCACAACACUCUACACCACCCUGUAA